UUUUUCAUGAAAACGCAUUACAGUAUUGAAUGCUGUGUGAAAGCAAACGUAUUGUCGUAUUGUGUUAUAAUCGGUGCGAAAAUGGCGACAAACAACAUAUUAAACGCUAUUUUAAUGAAUAACCACUCGAUUAACGCCAACAACAGUGCCAUGAAUAGCACCGAUAGUAAGACAAACGCCAAUACCAGUGAUAAAAGUAAAGCCAUAUUCAGACAUGUGGUCAUAUCACUGGAGAACUGUAUACUACCUCAGCAGCAGUUAUCGCAAACACCAUCGAUGACCGAUGGCCUCGACUACGACCACGAGUGCGACCUCAGGAUUCUUGGCUGCGAACUCAUCCAGACGUCGGGCAUUCUUCUGCGUCUGCCACAGAUGGCGAUGGCAACGGGUCAGGUGCUGUUCCAGCGAUACUAUUACUGCAAGUCUUUGGUGCGGUUCCCGAUGGAGGUGACGGCCAUGGCUUGCGUGACACUCGCCUCGAAGGUAGAGGAGGCGCCCCGAAGGAUACGCGAUGUCAUCAAUGUUUUCCAUCACAUGAAACAAAUCCGUUCAGAAGUUGACGCCAAACCACUGGUUUUGGACGAGUCGUACAUUUCGACCAAAAAUCAAGUCAUUAAAGCCGAGCGAAGACUUCUCAAAGAACUGGGAUUUUGCGUUCACGUCAAACAUCCGCACAAAUUUAUCGUAACUCUUCUGCAAGUGUUGGACAACGAGAAGAAUGAGCGACUGAUGCAGACUUCGUGGAAUUAUAUGAAUGACAGCUUAAGAACCAAUGUAUUCGUGCGCUACUCACCGGAAACCAUUGCCUGCGCCUGUAUUUACCUCAGCGCCAGAGUCCUUAAAGUUCCGCUGCCGAAGAAUCCCAAUUGGUUUGAAGUGUUCAACGUUUCCGAGGAUCAGUUAAAAGACAUCUGUAUUUCAAUACUCAAGCUCUACGUGAGAGCCAAACCUAAUCAACAAAAGUUGGAGUCUAUUGUUGAGAAUUUGCGCAAAACGUACGAAAACGCGAGAUUGAAGGCCAAGGAAGUGAAUGUUUUGGACAACGGAACGCCCACUUCCAAUGGCAUGGAAGUGAGUCCCGCCUCCAGAACCAAUUCGCCGCUAACUAAGCCUAAAGUGGACAACAGUUCGCCUAAAAAUAAACUCAAAUCCAUUACAUCUGUUAUCAGUCAUAUGUCGAGUCCUAAUAAGAAGCGGACGAACGACUCGCCCCGUAAUGAAGGCCGGAGUCGAUCCAAAUCGCGAAGUGUUAGUCCAAUAAAUAGAGAUAAUUAUGACAGGAAUAGGGAGAGGGGUAGGGAUGAGAGGAACCGGUCUCCCCCUAAAUCAUACGCAUACGACUAUUCGAGAUCCCGUUCCCGAUCGCGAGAGAGGAAUAGUCGACAUCACAAGCAUAAGAGAAUUACAUACAGUCGAAGUAAAAGUCGCUCUCCCGUUCCCCACACCAGACACCACAACCACACCACUAAACAUCACUCCUAUAGCCAUAAUAACAGGAAGUCUCGCAAGAGAUCCAAAUCUCCGUAUUAUAGAGCAGACGAUCGCAACACUUAUCACUCGAGAUCGCGAAGGAGUCGAUCGCGCGAUCUCUACGUUCACCGAAGAAGUUAA